AACUUACAAUAGUUCAAGUGUUCAACGCCGCACGACAGGCUAAUCAGCCUCCUAAUCAACCCAUAAUAAGAGCUCUGUUUACAAACAGAGUUUAAUCUUCCAAGAACUGUUUUUUUGUUUUUGUUUUCCGGCUUCUUGUUUUCUUUCCCCUGCUCACUUCUGUCGACUAUUCAUCCUUCACCCUAUCCGGUUUCAACAUCUCAAGAAAAAAUUGCCUUCAAAUUUCUGAAAUUAAAAGAGGGAUUAUGUUUCUGCAACUUGCAAUCAAUCAAGGGGAGAAAGAGAAUAAUUAAGCUACAUUCAGGAGAUGGAGAAGGGAGAGUCGUCUCAACGAAUUUCAGAUGAAGAAUCAUCAUUUUCAAUCCCUCGAGGAGGACCUAUUUUUGUACAUGAUUUUGUAAGCCCCCCCACAAGGGUUUCAGUUUUCGAGUCCGAUGUUUACCGUGAAUUGGAGAGUUUAAAGGCUGAAUUGGUGUCUGAUCCAACUGACUUCGAAGAAGAUAUUUCAGUGGAUGACCUCAAAUUGUACAGUGACGAAGAGUUGGUUGCCAAGGCAAUGCAAAUUGCAUUUGAGGAUGACGCGGAGGCUAAAGCUUCUUCAGACUUGGCAGAAGGCCCAUGCAGCUCAGGGGCAGAAGAUUAUCAAAGGAUGUUGGAUGCUGAUACAUCAGCUUCAUGUGAGUCCUUUGAUGGCUUUUCAUCCGACACAAGUUACAAUGGAGAAAAAGAUGAUGCUAAUGUGAAGAAGAGGAAGAGAAAUACUAAAAGUAAGGCCACUUCAAAGUAUGGGAAGACGAAGAAAUUGAUCGAUCGUGAUAAGGAUAAACAUGUUGAUGACUCCUAUCUUGCCAAAGUGGAGCAUCUUGCAAAAAUCAGACAGAAACAGGAAGAAGAUAAAGCAUCAGUGAAACUCCAUUCAUUCAAUCGUGAGAAAGAUAACUCUGCUGCUCUAUCAUCUGCAAACAUUGAAACUCUGAAAUAUCUUGAAUCAUCUGGUUGUCCUGGUAAGGUGAAGGGUUCACUGACCGGGAAACAUGGACCAAUUCAAUAUCCCGAAGUUAUUCUGUGUGUCGAGGUUUAUCACAACAAACAUGCCUGGAAAAAGACACAUGAAUUUCUGGUCCUUGGAAGUCAAACCCUGACUGAGCUGCGGGAUAAAAUUCGUUGUUUGACGGAUAUGGUUAUGCAAAAAGCGGAUGCUUAUGACCCUUCUGGAUAUUUUCUCAUAGAGGAGAUAUUCUGCAAUGACACAAGGGACCCUUCUGCUAUCAACUACAGUGAGCCAAUUUUUGAUUGGCUUAAGAAUUGCAAGAAAGAGGCACUUGCAAAAUGGAACUCCAUCCUAUCUGGUGUAGGGAAGGGUCGAAAGGUUCCUUUUGACAGCAAACCAAUAUCUAAAUUGCCUAAUUUUAGAUCAGUUGACAUGCAGAGGACUCGCUUUUGUGACUUGGGAUUCCGACUUGGCUCUGGGUAUCUGUACUGUCACCAGGGAGAUUGCAAGCAUGGUAUUGUGAUAAGAGAUAUGAGAUUGAUUGACCCUGACGAUGUACAAAACCGGGCAGCUUACCCAUUACUCGUGUAUCAAUUGAAAACGGUUUUGAAGAAGUGCUCCGUCUGUCGUAUUUACAAAGCCACAAAAGUGACAUUGGACGACAAGUUGGCUGGGGAAAACCCUUGUUACUUCUGUGAUAACUGUUAUUACCUUCUCCAUUACUCUGCAGAGGGUACUCUGUUGUAUGGUUAUGAUUCUUUUGAAGUGCACGAUUAUCUUCAAGAUUACUCUUAGUUGUAGUCUUUUGUAUUCAAAAGUGAUUGUAUAUACUUUUUUUUUCUUCUCUUAGAUUUAGAUUUUGAAUCUAAUCACUUGAUUUCUGAUGAUUAUAUAUUCUGUAAUACCAACAUGAAUGAA